ACCACAUAUGUAUAUAUAGAUAUAGAUUUUGAACAUUCGCUAACUAGAGAAUUUAUUGAGAACCAAGCCUUAUUGGUUUAAAAACUCGAUUGCUGAUAAUUUUAAUCAAUGCCAUUUUGAAAAGCACUAAUGCGUACUUCCACUAACUGAUUCCCAAAUUCCUGCAACUGGCUUAUCUGUUGCUUAUCGUGGAUUAAGAAUUUGAUAAAAUCGUAGGUACUUAAACACUUCGGUUCUUACAAAUGAAUUUAGUUCAAAUUUAGCUGUCACCGAGAGAGAAUGAAAGCUUUGAUUUUAAUUUCGGCUAUUUUAGCCAUUUUUGUGGUCGUCGCAAGUGCGUCAAAAAUUCGUUAUGAUAACUUUAAAGUAUUCAAAAUUCGAACACAAAAUGUGGAACAGCGAAAAAUGCUGGAAAAAUUAGCCAUCGAUUCGGAAAAUUUUAAUUUAUGGCACAGCGAUGAUAAGGAAGUUCAUAUUAUGGUAAAUCCACAAAAGCUCAUACAUCUACAAAACUUGACGCGUUCCUAUCAACUACCAUUCGAAGUUAUGGUCUCCAAUGUGCAAAGUCUAAUUGAUGCUGAGCAAUCUUCAAAAACUACUGACGAUCUAUCCUUUGGUUGGACACGCUAUUAUCCCUUAUCAGCUAUCGAAGAGUUUUUAGAUGAAAUACUAGCGAAAUACCCGGCAGUUACAAGUGGCAUCGAUAUCGGCACCUCCUAUGAAGGACGUAAAAUACGAGGCAUUAAAAUCUCAUACAAAGAGGGUAAUCCGGGUAUCUUUAUCGAAUCCAAUAUACACGCACGCGAAUGGAUCACCUCAGCGACGGCUACUUGGUUCAUUAAUCAGCUUCUAACAUCGACAGAUGCCGAUGUGCGCGAUUUGGCCGAAAACUAUGAUUGGUAUAUUGUGCCGGUUUUGAAUGUGGAUGGUUUCGUUUACACGCAUGAAACGGAUCGCAUGUGGCGUAAGACUCGCCAACCGGUUGAGGGAUCAGCAUGCAUAGGUGCCGAUCCGAAUCGUAACAGUGAUUCGCAUUGGAUGGAGAAUGGCGGUGCUUCGGCAAAUCCUUGCUCUGAAACGUUUGCCGGUUCACAUCCUUUCUCUGAGCCGGAAGUGAAGGCCAGUACCGAUUAUAUAGCUAGCAUUAAGGAUCGCAUCAAUAUUAUGCUCGCCUUUCAUUCGUAUAGUCAAGUACUGUUGUCACCAUAUGGUCACACUUCGGAGCCUGCCGAUAAUCACGACGAUUUGAUGGCUGUGGCAAAAGCAUAUUCGGAUGCGGUCAAACAAUUGCCCUACGGUACAGUUUACACUUACGGUACAUCGGCAACAGCUAUGUACGCUACUUCGGGUUCGACUAGAGAUUAUGUCUACAAUGAAUUAGGAAUUCGUAUUUCAUACACCAUUGAGAUGCGUGAUACUGGACGUUUUGGUUUUAUUUUGCCGCCAGUACAAAUAUUACCACAUUGCGAAGAUACGCUCGCUGGAAUUUUAGCGCUGGUUGACAAGGCCAAGGAAUUGGGUUAUCUAGAACUAAAAUAUUCAGUUUAAAUUUGUAUUUAAGUACAACAUAAAUAAAUAUCGCUUAGCAAGUAUUUUGAAAAGAGUAUUACAUGCUACAGUUGCAAAUAUAUCGAUGUCAGUAUCGAUAUAUCGAGUAAUUAUUUUUUUUUUUUUUUGCAGACAUCGAUAUUUUUUUCGAUAUCGAGUAUGGCUUAGCCAUUUUCUCAUUACUUAUUUUUGCGCCAAACAACAUCGGCGAC